AUGAAUUCCAAAGUCAUUUCUAUAAAUUAUCAUUGGAGAUUCAUAGAAAAUGAUUGUGAACAAUUUGAUGAAGCUUUUCGAUUAAAAUAUUCUUUACAUAUACAAGAAAAAUAUGCAAAACUGACAAAUGAGUUUGAAAACAAUUUCAAACGAUUUCAAUUUUUACGUGAAAAUCUAACUGAGAAGAGAAUUGAAGAUCUUGAUCAUGAAUUGAUGAAAUUAAUUGAUACUUUACCAACUAUUUUUGAUCAAUUUUACGAAGCGAAUCUUACAAAAUUCUAUUCCGAAUCGAUUAAACUUAUGAAACGAAUUGAAUAUUUGAUUUUAAAUGACGGUGCAAAUGUUAAUUAUAACGAAAAUGUUUUUCAUUUUGGAAUGUUAAUAAAUAAAUGGUUUAUAUCUAAAGGUAAUCUUACUUUAUCUGAUAAUCCAAAAUUUCUUAAAUCACUUAUGAAAAUGUGUAAAGCGAUAUUCAUUUCUAAUCCAUUUCUUCUUCAAAUUCAAGAAUAUACAAAUACUUACGCUAAAAUUUAUUCUCCAUAUUAUUUCUUGAGUUAUUCGAUUUAUCAAUUGAACUAUUUUCCUGAUGCGCGUUAUGAACCAAAUCAUCAUCUACGAAUUAAUUGGUAUAAAGUUGAAAUAAAUCUAUUUCUUUUUAUCUUAAAUCAUUUAUACAAUGAAAGAUUUUCAUUGGAAGAUUGUCUUUUUGAUAUUUUACACAAAAUUAAACCUUCAUUUGCUGAUCAAAUGUUUAUUCGAAUAUGUCAAUUAGAAAUAUUAAGAAUUUUACUUGAAAAAUAUGAAAAUGAUUUUCUAAGAUGUGACAAAGAAAAUCGAUUUGCAAUUAUUUUAGAGAAUUUAUUUAAAACAAAUCAAAUCGAUGUUAUUAAAUUGAUUUACAAACAAAAUAAAACUAUUCGAUAUUUAUUUGAUAAAUUAGAAAAUAUUGAACACAUUGUUGAUAUAAUGAUUGCAAAUCAAAAAAUGAAACAAUCCUGUGAAAUACUUUUCAAUGAUCAACAAUUAAGAGUUUGGUUUAUUAAUAAAAAAUUGUUAUUUAUUUUAUUAAAAAAGAAACAAUGUAAAUUAAUUAAACAUCUAUUCAAAUUAUCAUCAUCAAUUAUUCAUCAAUUGGAUGAAGAUGGAAAUGAUUCUUUACUUUAUAUUUGUUUAAAUGUACGUGGUUGUCGACAUCGUUUAAUCGAAUUUCUAAUUCAAAAUGGAUCUGAUUUAUCUCGAAGAAAUUUUAAACAUAUCAAUUUUUUCAAUGCAUUACACAUAUCAACAAACAGAAAACUGCUCAACAAAUUAAUCGAUCAUGAAAUUAUUUCCAUUGAUUAUAUUUCUAAAGAAGUUAAACAAUUUAAUAACGAUAUUUCUAAUGAAUCCAUCCGUCCGUCCGAAUCAUGA